AUGACGGCCCUGAAACCCACGCUAGCCGGAUAUCCUUCUGCUAUGUGGGCCGAUACAGAAUUGAGUGCUCUAGUGCUGGUUCCAUUAGCAGAAAAGAUCCUCACGGGUCUAUCUGCGUGUUUCUCCUUGAUGGGCAACCUGGCCCAGCCAAGUCCCGUACUGGAAGUGCCUAGCAAAAGUCGCAACAGGGGUCCGCGUGUAUGCAAGGUCCACGAGGAAUGGAGAGAACAAGGGAACAUGUACGAAGUACACGCAUACAUCCAUCCAUACAUGGUACAUACAUAUGUGAGAACCAUGUGGGAGAGUGCCACUAGAGCCAAUGAGGACUGA